AUGGCCACCAGUGUUGUUGCAAAGAAAAUACCCUCAAUUCUAGUCACAGAUGCUCGAGAUUCGCCCCAAACCACAACUGUAUCUGCGGGAUUUUCAAGGACUGGUAUACGAGCGAGUGAUGUAGUAAGGCAGCGAAUGUCGACAAGGUCGAUUUCGGUAGACAACGUGCUCCAGAACGCCUCCGAAAUUCCUUCGGGUCAAGCACGCAUACCGCCUCCACGCAAGCACUCGCUCCCCAAACGACCCAAUGGCGCUCUAGUCACAAGGCUUGCACCGCAGAAAGUACCAGGCCGCAGCACUAAGCUCACGGAAAAGCUUGUUUUGAUCCCAGAUACUGAAGAGGGCGUAGAUGAGGAAGAUGAAAAUGAAGCAAGACGCUUUACCUCGAAAUAUGAGGAAGAAGAGACAGAACCACUCAAAGAUGACGAAUGGGACCUCUUAAAGAAGCGAGGCAAAGUAAGGGGGAAAAGCUAUGCAGAGAGACUUUCCAAAGCUAAGAGAGCUGAAGAGCUGGCCAGGGUCACAGCAUAUUGUACGGCCCAGGGUUACAAAACAAAAGCCACAGCAAGCUUUGUAAAAAAUACACAUGGCGCCAAGACAAAGCUCUAUGAUGACUGCUUGUAUACGGCAUAUCACUUACCACUAUUACCAGGCACUCAUGGCUACAGAGUUCGAAGUAGUCCAGUCCUCAAGAACCCUGGUGGAAAAGCAGUCCUGGAUGAAGAAAUUGAGCGGAGCGAGCAGAGAGACUAUCACGAAGGCUACUUUGAGAAUACGAGUACUUAUAGCGUCAGGGGUGAAGACGCUGGCCAUGACCAAGGUAAAAAAGAUGAAAUCCACCAGAAAGAAGAAUCUCGCUUCAACCGGAAUAUUGCUAGGCCAGCGGCUCGAGUACGCAGGCAAAGCAGCCCUAAUCAAAUGUCUCCAGUUGCGACAACCUUUGCUGAGAUGUUUGUCUUUUCAUACGGAGUAGUCGUAUUUUGGAAUUUCACCGAGCGUCAAGAAAAAGAUGUUCUAGCAGAUCUUACCUUCUCCGAUCACAAGACAGCAACAUCUCUUGUUGUAAGGCCCCUAGAACAAGAUGAUUUCGAGACAGAAGAGUUCCACUUCGAGUAUAGUCCUUUCGUGGACAGGCCUCGGGUUUUCAAUGAUAUGAUCACUCUUCGUAGCGGAGACCACAUGAUCAAGUUAGCCAUGAGCCAUGCUGUAGCUCAAAGCACUAAGCUUAGCUUGUUCGAAGAGCGUAUGAACCAAACAAUGCUUAAUGCUCAGCAUGUUCCAAAGCAUCUGGCUCUCACCGGUCAAUUGGGAAUGUCAAGGAGUCAGAUAUUCAGAAUCUUAGGAAACCUAUUCAAAACCCGUGUAGAGGUCAAUCUUUCAUCGAAUAUUUUAGACGUUCCAAACUUCUUCUGGGAGUCAGAACCAACGCUUCAUCCACUUUAUUUUGCCAUUCGAGAAUACCUAGAGAUUGCCCCUCGCAUAAAGGUUUUGAACGAGCGGUGUAAAGUUUUCUUGGAGCUCGCCGAAAUAUUAUCAAAUAGCAUUGCGGAUACUAAGAUGAGCACUAUUACUUGGAUUAUUAUUGUCCUUAUUAUUAUUAGCAUCGCUGUAACUGUAACGGAGGUCGCUCUCCGCUCUAUGAUUCUUGAGAAGGGCAAGCCAAGUGAACUUUCGAACAAAAAUUAUUUUGCUUCAACUAGCUUGACGAAUAGGAACUUUAGCACUGCGCAGCUACAAAGUAUAUGUGGUGAGGCUUAUCUAAGCAAAACGUUUGCCGAUGACGAGCUCUGA